UGCUCUUGGCCUUGGGCCUCUCCCGCGAUGGCCGCCGCAGCCGGGGGGAGUUGCCCCGCCGAGUCGCUGGGCUACUGCCUGGCCCAGCUGCGGGGCGGGGCCGAGCCCGGGCUGGGCCGGGCCCUGCUGGCCCUGCGGACCCGGCACAUCAAGCAGCCCGGCGGGAUCGAGCGGUUCCGGGCCCGCGGGGGGCUGGGGCCCCUGCUGGGGCUCCUGGCUGGGGCCCUCCGGCCCCGCCGCACCCUCGACCUGGCCCUCAGCAUCCUGGGCAACUGCUGCACCGAGGGCGGGAGCCGGGCCCAGGUGCGGGAGCUGGGGGGGAUCCCCUCGCUGGUGAAGAUCUUGAAAUCCCUUGGAGUCGAAAGUAUCCACAACCGGACAGCACGGGCCCUGGGCAACCUGGCCAUUGAUGUAGAGAACCUGCAGGCUAUCCAUGAUGCCGGCGCGGUGCCACCCCUGGUGCAAGUCCUUGCCAGCUCCCAGGACAGCGAGUGCCUACAGAGCAUCAUUCGGGCCCUGCGCAACCUGGGCGCCACCCCAGCGCACCGCCUGGCGCUGGCCCAGCAGGGUGCAGUGCGGGUCAUCUCCGAGCGCCUGGCUGCCAGCCCCGACGACCCCGCCCUGGCUGCUGCGGCCGCCCGGGCCCUGCUAGAGCUCACCAAGGGCUGCAGCCGGGACUGCGCCGAGCAGCUGAGCCUGGGGGGCGGGGUGGCGCCCCUGGUGGCGUUAGCCGGGCACAGCAAGCGGGCGGUGCGGGAGGCGGCCAUCUCGGCGCUGUCCAAUCUCUGCCUGCAGGGCAUGCUGCGGCCGGCGGUGGGCAACGCCGGGGGCGUGGCAGUGCUGGUGGGGGAGAUCCAGCGCCGGCGCGGAGCGGGAGCCACCGGCGCCAUCCUGCAGCCCCUGGUCAGGGCACUCUGCCUGCUUUGCCGGGAGGCGAUGAACCGCAGCCGGGUGCGGGAGGCCGGUGGGCUGGAGCUGCUGCUGGCGCUGCUGCAGGAUGGGCGCCAGCGAGGCUGCCACGCCCGCGUAGUCAUGGCCUUCGUGGCCUUCUUCUACGACCAGGAGGCGCUGGAGGUUCUGCAGGCCGGCGGGCUGGUGGCCCUGCUGGUGGAGCGGCUGGUGGCCCAGGGCCAGUGGGCUGCGCGCUGCGAGGAGGCGGCCAAGGAAGAGGAGGGAGAAAGCGAGGACGAGCGGGAUGCUGCCUCCUUUGACUUCCCCGCCGAGGGGCGACGGGAAAGCGGGGCACCAGAAGGGGAGUCACCCAGUUUCCAGAGACUCAGGUCCUGGCUGCUCUCCGAGGGUUACAUUGCCAGUCCCGGCGACCUCUCCCCGCAGUGGUCCCCCGACGGCUCCCUCAGCCCCACCCUCGAGCUGCAGGACGACACGCCGGGACCUGGCCGGCUGCCUGCAGGGCUCAGCUCGCCCACCCCCUUAGCUCCUCCGUCGUUGGAUCCGGCUGCCAGGGUGCAGUGCUUGGCACCCGUGGCAGAGCCGGACUCAACCGGGGCUGAUGGGAGCCAUGUGGCAGAGACGCCAGGUGCUGAGGCACCAGCCUUGGCACGUUUGGCUACAGCCAGAGCUGACAGGCACCAUCCAGCAGCGUUACUGCCAGGCGGGGCACCGCGUUUAGCUGCCAGGCCACGUAUGGCAUUGCCAAAUCCAGUCAGGACGGGCGAGCACAGCGCAGCCCCCGUGGUGCUGCUGGCUACACCAAAGUCCACUGGGACCAAGAAAGAUCAUCUGGCACAGAUUGCACCGGAUGCUGCCGGCAGCGCCCAGGACCUGCAGGUUCAGUUGCCGCUAUCGGCGACCCCGAAUGAGGAGCUCUCGCCAAACUUCGCUCUGACUGACCUGCAAAAUCCAGCACGGUUCCCGGCUGCAGCAGCCACCGAAGAGUUGUGUCCAGGCAUGCUGGUUCCAGCUGGGCCUGGCUGGCACGUCACGGCACCAUCAGACAAGCCAGGCCCAGCACUGGCACCACCAAUUCCCACCGGGACCAGCCAGUCCGAUCCGGCACCGAGCCCCGUUCCUGAGCAUCCAAUGUCACCAAUUCCCACCAGGGCCAGCCCGUCUGAUCCGGCACCGAGCCCCGUUCCUGAGCAUCCAAUGUCACCAAUUCCCACUGGGGCCAGCCAGUCCGAUCCAGCACCGAGCCCCGUUCCCGAGCAUCCAAUGUCACCAAUUCCCAUGGGGACCAGCCGGUCCGAUCCGGCACCGAGCCCCGUUCCUGAGCAUCCAAUGUCACCAAUUCCCAUGGGGACCAGCCAGUCUGAUCCGGCACCGAGCCCCGUUCCUGAGCAUCCAGUGUCACCAAUUCCCACCGGGGCCAGCCAGUCUGAUCCGGCACCGAGCCCCGUUCCCGAGCAUCCAAUGUCACCAAUUCCCACUGGGGCCAGCCAGUCCGAUCCGGCACCGAGCCCCGUUCCCGAGCAUCCAAUGUCACCAAUUCCCAUGGGGACCAGCUGGUCCAAUCCGGCACCAAGCCCAAUUCCCAAGGAUCUGCGUCUGGUUUCUCCGAUUCCUGCCGGGACUGAGCAGCGCCUCCUUGCCAAUGACUUCCUGGAGCCCCAGCCCGCUGCUUUCUCCUCGCGACGCCGCAGCAAAUCACGUCCCCAUCCGGACGCGGCCCCCUGCACGCCGGCUCCGUUCCAUCCCCUGGGCGAGAUCCUGGCCCCGCAGUUCUUGCUGUGGGGUGGGGAGGAGGAGCUGUCGGCCCCCGAGGCACCGGCCCUGCUACUGCUCUCCCGGUUCUCCCAGGCCGAAGACCCCAGCCGCAGCCUGGUGACUGGCCCAGUGCUGCAGGGGCUGCUGGCCUAUGUCACCGGAGCCCCAGCCCCGCUACCCCGCUGCCUGCGGCUGCUGCACCGGCUCACGUGCAACCCCAUCUGCCUGGAGGCGUUCGUGCGCUGCCACGCCCCCUCCCUGCUGCGGGCCUGGCUGGUGCUGGGCGUGCCCCCAGAGGAGGCUGCCGCCGUGGGACAUGAGACCCCCAGAAGUCCAGGCAGCGGGUACCGGCGGUUCAAGGAGUUGGGCGAGACCCUGCUGUGCAAUCUGUGCGUCCAGGCUGAGUCGGCCUUCGGGGCGGGCGUCCUCACUCACAUGCUGCUUUCGGGCGCGGAGGCCGACCAAGUGGCCUGUGCCAUGGCCCUGCCCCUCAUCUGCAGGAAGAAGUCCCUCUGCCGGAGGCUGCUCCUGGAGCACUCUGGCCUGCGCCUCCUGCUGGCUGCCUUGACACGUGGCGCCGACCCGCCCUUCACCUUCUACGCCGUGGACUCGCUCUCCCUGCUGCUGGGUGCUGCCGCCCCCCUCCCUGCCCCGCCCGCCCCCAAGCGCUCCCGGCUGGCAGCCUCCCCGCCGUGCCCCUACGAGCGGCUGGUGAAGGCGAGCGGGGCGGACCUGCAGUUCCGGUUGGACUCGGGCACCCCGGUGCCGGCCUCGCGCCAGGCUGCGUGCGCCGGCUCUGACGUCCUGCGGGCCAUGCUGGCGGGCGGGUUUGCUGAGGCACGCCAGGCCCUGGUGCCCAUCCGUGGGGUGGCACCUGCCCCCUUCCUGGUGCUGACCCACUUCCUGCAUGGCUGCCGGGGCGAGCCGUGCCAGGCCCUGGGGGGCCCGUUCCCACCCGGCGAGGGGGAGCUGGCGGAGCAGACGCUGGCGGUGGCCGAGCAGUUCCUGCUGCCCGAGCUGCAGGAGCUGGUGGAGGAGGCGUUGUGCCGGCAGUACCUGUGCCCGGGCGCCAGCCUGGACCAGCUGUACCGGCUUGGGGAGCGGCUGGGCCGGGGGCAGCUGCUGCGGCGCUGUGCCCGCUACAUCCUGCUGGGGGCGUCGGAGGAGCCCACCAGCCGAGCGGCCGCGCUGGCGCGGAUCCUCCGAGUCACCGGAGACCCCAAGGGACUGGCCCAGGAGCUGCUGGAGGUUGCCAUGGAGACGCCAUGGGGAGUGGGCACUGAUGGGACCUAGGCUGGGGGCUGGCUGAGGGCACUACCCAUGCCCCUCUGGGUGGGGGGCUGGCUGAGGGCACACUCUGUACCCCUCUCGGGGUGGGGCGGGUGUUGGGAAUAGAGGAGUUUGGAGGUCAGAGAGCUGUGGGGAGGUUGAUGCUUAGGAUAGUGGCGGGGACUGAGUGGGAGAAAUGGGGUAAUGGCAAGGUAAGGAAUGGGGAUAUGGGACCCCAGCGAUGAGAGGAAUCAGGGCAAUGGGGACGAGCCACUGACCCCCAGGAAAGUUUGAAAUCCCUUCUCUGUUGGGUGAGUCAUUCCCCCCCGGCCAUGGCACAGGGUGGGAUCCUGCCUGCAACCUCCCCUGAGGAAGGGAUUGUGGCGUAUUGGGGGGGUGCCCCUACUUUUGUGGCACAGGGCACCCCAAUUCCCCACCUGAGGCCACGGAGAGCAGUUGGGGGCGGGGCUUGACUGGACGGGGCUCAGUCCCUGAUCUGCAGGGUACCCCUCGGUCACUGGGGCAGGGCAGUGUGUGCUUUGUCUGCACAGGGAGAUGCCCCCGCCUUGUUUCCUAGGUCCCAGGUAGGGCAGCUGCGGGGGGUGCUUAGCAGUACCCCCCAUGCUGUGGGGAGCAGCGGCCGGGACGCUGCUUUCUGCUGGCAAGGGGCUGGGUGUGUACCACUGGAAUGUAUUGAAUAAGCUCCUGUACGUGGAGAAAUACAGGCUGGGCUUCACCACGC